UUCAGUUCAAAGUUCAAACACACUCCAAGCUUCGACUAGCUAAAGCUUGGACAUGACCAAGAAGCUCAUCUCCGCCAUGGCCGGGAAGCAAGAUUGCAAGGCGCAGCUCAAUUAUCAAGGGAGACAGUUUUCGAGUUUUGCAGAGGGAAGGUUGAUUUCUCCGGAGCAGGAGCACGGCAUCACCGUUGCGGCGCUGCGGCACGUCGUGUCCGGGUACAGCACGCCGCCGCCGGAGGUUGCCAUGGUGAUGUGCGGGCUGUGCAGCAUCAAAGGCUGCCUCGGGUGCGACUUCUUCGGGGCGCCGGAGUUGGCACAGGGAGUGAACUGCGGCACAGUGCAGAUGGCCGCAACGACGGUAGAGGAAGAAGAAUAUGUACCGCGGCAUGCGGCAGCGGCCGUGAGGGAAGUAGGCGGCGGAGAUUCAUCCUAAAAGGAUAGGUUUGUGACGUUUGAAUUUGUUGUGGCCCAAUCUAGAACCUCAGCUGCAAUCCAGUUUCUGGCCUAACCUACGACCUCAACUCAGCCCGGCCUAUCUCCCUCUCUUUCUCUCGCUGACAGCCGGGCCCCGCUUCUUAGCAUCUUCCUUGCGCCCGCGCCCGCAACCGCC